GGUACCUGUGCUGUGAAGUCAAGAUUUGCGUGCGAGGGUGAGAAGUUACGCUUACGCUGUGAAAGUGACUACGUCCUUCGUGUAUUCAAUGCCAAAUAUGGUCGUUUAGAGCCUGGGAGUUCAAUAUGUCCACACGAGAAUAUCACUGACUUAAACUGUCAGGCGGAAGGUGUGCUAUUGAAAGUUAUGGCAAUGUGUACCAAUAGAAGAAGGUGUAUCAUAAAAGCGGACAGUUCUUUUUUUCGAGAUCCUUGUCCUGGCACAUACAAGUAUCUGGAGGUUAUUUAUGGAUGUGGUAAGUCCAUCAUGAGUUGUUUUUGUUUUUGUUUUUGCUUUUUUUCCACUUCAUGUAUCAUUUUUUCUGUUAUUCGGGAAGCUACUCUUCGAAAGGUGUCAGGGAAGGCUGAGGUGUCGGGGGAACAGCAGUGAAUUUUAAUUCAUGCUGUUACACAAGUUUUUUAUCAACUUGAAAUAAGAACGCCCUUCACCUUGAGUCUGAGCCCGAUUUAGAGCGAAAAAUGGAAAAGGGAAAUUGGUAUUUGUACCUCCACACUUUCCAUUGGAUUGUUAAUAAAUGCCUUCAUUGCUCAUAUCGAAUAGUGGCAUAGAUUGUAAUCUUAGCGACAGCUAUAAUCAAUCCUUCAACUACCAAAGGUGUGCUAAAUGAAUCGUUUCCGGUAGUCCCCAAAAGAGCACUUCUCGGUGACAAGGCCGAACCAAGUUGAUGAAAACUUUUAGCUGUCAACACAAACCCUGUUUUAACCUAUACUUCAACAUCUUCAAUAUUCUUAUACAGUUCCUGGCGAUAAUUGGACUCCGACACCAACGUCGAAAAAGUCAAAGACGAAACCUCGUUUUAACAGAACGACGCCAGUAACCAUGAAGUCGCCAAUAACAAAAAGACCUCGUCUAAAGAGUUCAACGGACAGCACAACUGGUAAAAAUAGUUCGAUAAACAACAUCAGCGGAACGAAUCAAUCUAACACAACAAGAGAAUUUUUACCAACGAGAAAAUCUACCACCCUUAGCUUCCUAUCCACUUGGACCACGAAGAAAAAAAAAUCACUUCCAAAAGCUCCAGAUUCAAAAGCCUCAGGCAGGGAAGGUGAGGAAGGCGUGAUUUUUGUCCUGCUGAGAUCUGUGUACGUCACAUACAGGUUCAUUUCAGGUACGACACAUUAAACUCAGACACGAACGUUGUAUUCACGCUAAUGAGGGCGGUCGCAUGCACGCAAAUUCAUCUGGCGAAGUCAUAUGAUGAAGUUAAUAAACGAAUCCUCCAGCUCAACAAAAUUGUGUUUGGGAGAAAAAUAUUUUCCCAGAAACACACAUCUAAGGGAUGUUCGUUCUGCUGAAUACUAAAUCGGCAACAACUCUGAGCUAUGGACAAGAGAAAAUAAUGAGCCCUUAUUUCCUCUUGGCUAUGGUGUAUAAAAGAACGCUUCUGUGUGUAUACAGAAGACAAUCCAUGUUAUGGUCUUCAUGAUACCAAAAAUUUCGUUCGUUAGAUACCGCCUGUGCAUGCAGCAAAAAGUGGAUUUGGUGUUAGAGCAAGUGGCAUUACCGGGGUAGAUGAAUCAGUAGAUUGAUCGAUCAAAUCUUAACUAAAAUAGACAAAAAAAAAUUGAAAAAAAGAAAAAACCAGAGAGAAAUCUAAAUUACAGUAUAACAACUGUAAUCGUAAUGCUAACCAAGUCUUGUACCUUUUCAAGUCUAAUUAAACGAAGGAGAAAUCUGAAUUAAGAUGACUUUACAUAACCUUGUCUACUAUGCCACACCCAGUGUCUGAGAUAACUUUAUGAUCACGAAGAAACCAUGAGAAAAAUCUUACCCUCAAAAAAAAAAAAGCGUGAAGGGCAUUUCAACAACAAAUAAUAAAAUUGAAAAACACUUGCCUAGUAGCAAAAUAAAAAAAAGCAAUUGUCCGACCGAUUCCUCUGUUUUUCAUUAUGACAGAUAUGACUCCACAACUUUGAACCAUUUGGCUUUUUCCUAAAGGUUUCUUGUGUAACUGAACCUGUAAAUGAACCUGUUAUUACAAUCAUAGAUUUAACUUUUAAAGCUGAUGGGUAACUUAACCUCUUAAAGUUGAAUAGGCGCCUCUUAAUUUUAUUAUUUUAGCUAAAUGAGAUAACUUCAAGACUAAGACUUAACUUAGGAUCAUAACACGAAGGCAUUAUGAGCUUAUUAUGAAGGAUAUUCAAACAUCAUCUUUUUUUGAAAAUAUGAAUUACUCAGUCGAGAGCAUUAAGUGAGGCUCAAGCAUCAGAGAUUUGUUAACGAUACCACGAUCGAUAUCUGAUAAUCUUCCAUAAUAUCAUGCAAGAUAACAUUCAACAAAUAUAAGCAAUGAAUAAAGGGGUAAGUUUUUAAAGAAAUUGCGGUGCUGUAUCAAUGGGGGGGGGGGGGGGGUGGGUAUUAGAAGAUAAUUUGGUUCUAUAUCAACUGAGUUGAUAAUGUAAAUUGGCCACCGUAAAGAGUUUCUUAAGCUGACGUAUCAAGUGUUAGCCCUUCGUUAGAGCGAGUGUGAUAUAUAUUCAGCCCAUUUUAUGAGAGUUUAGAGUUUUUGCUGGUUAUUAGGGAGUGACCAUCUAAUCUAAAGACAGAGCAACAUGCAUCCAUGUUGGUCACUCGUAAACUUGAUCCGUUUCGUUCCACACUCAUGACGAAACGGGUUACAACUUCAUGAUUAUUUUCUUUUCCAUAAAGUAUAUGUACAUAGUAUUAGCUUAUCACUUUGUUGGUAAAAGGAACACGAUACCUAGCUUCUUUAUUUAUUAAAUGUCAAAUUUAACCGUUGCUUUCAGAACAAUCACGCGAUACCCUGGUCGUAUUCUUGUCGGGAGUGGCUGGCGCCACUGUUUUCUUGCUUUUGUUUCUGUUAGCAAUUCAUCUUUGCAAGAAAAAAUUUAGGAAGAGAAAAUUUUCCAUGGUUAAAAGAGAAGACGAAGAUGAAGUGAACAAAAUAAAGAGUGUGACUAUAGAACUGCAAGGAAAUGGUGACGAAACCAAAGAAAUAAACGUCAACCCAGGAGAUAUCAUUAUCAUUGAUCACAAUGACGAUGAUCGAGCAGGAAGCGAAGAUCUUGGUUAUCUAUCGGAAAUAGUUCGAUUUUAUAACAGUCAGAAUAUCGGCAGCGACGACCAGAUAUCGAUUAGAAAGCAAUUUUCCGCUUGUGACAGUCCCUCAGUUAUUUCGACCGAGGCAAGUGAAAGUAGAGACAGCAAAUAUGGUUCAGUUGGAAUGAAGCACUGCACUUGCCAACAUGAGUCCUUAUUGCGCCCCUCUUCUCCACUUGGUAUUAUAUAA